CCGGUGCUCUGUUGCGAGCGGAGCCCCAGAGCUUCGCCAGGCUAUCGAUCGCCGCUCUGCCAGCGCAGACGCAGCCCCCUCCGCUGCGUCACAGCCCUCCUCGGCCCGUAUAAAAGCGGCGGCGGCAGCCGCAGUGGCAGCAGCGCGCGGGUAACAGCGGGCAGCCGGAGCCAUGAGUUCCCUCCACCGCGACUCCUACUUCUCCUCCUCCUCCUACAAGCGCCGCUACGCGGAUGCCGGCCCCCGGGCAGCCCCGCGGUCCGCGUACGGGGUCCGCUCCUCCGCCCUCUUCUCGGCCGCCCCCCUCGGGGCGUCCCGCCCGGGCUCGGUGGAGUUGGAGCUGAGCCAGGCGGCGCAGGUGAGCUCGGAGUUCCGGGCGGUGCGGACGCAGGAGAAGGCCCAGCUGCAGGAGCUGAACGACCGCUUCGCCUGCUUCAUCGACCGCGUGCGGCAGCUGGAGCAGCAGAACCGCGCGCUGGAGGCGGAGCUCCUGGUGCUGCGGAGGAGGCACGGCGAGCCCUCCCGCCUCCGGGCGCUCUACGAGCAGGAGGCGCGCCGGCUCCGGGCCGCCGUGGAGGAGGCGCGGGGCCAGAGGCAGGCGGCGCUUGGCCGGCGGGACCACCUGGAGGAGGCGCUGCGGGCCCUGCAGUCCCGCUGCGAGGAGGAGGUGCUGGGGCGGGAGGGCGCCGAGGGGAGGCUGGCGGAGGCGCGGAGGGAGGCGGGCGAGGCGGCGCUGGGCCGAGCGCAGGUCCAGGGGCGGGCCGACGCCCUCCUGGAGGAGCUGGCCUUCCUGAAGAGGCUCCACGAGGGCGAGGUGACCGAGCUGCAGGCCCAGGCCCACUACGGCGCCCAGGUCGCCGUGGAGACGGAGGCGGCCCGGCCCGACCUGUCCGGAGCGCUGCGCGACAUCCGCGCCCAGUACGAGCGGCUGGCCGCCCGCAACCUGCAGUCGGCCGAGGACUGGUUCCGCAGCAAGGCGGGCGCGCUGGCGGAGGCGGCAGCGCACCGCGACGACGCGGCGAGGAGCUCGCGGGACGAGGCCGGGGAGCACCGGCGCCACCUGCAGGCCUGCGUGCUGGAGAUCGACGCCUGCAGGGGCCUCAACCAGGCCCUGGAGAAGCAGCUGCAGGAGACCGAGGACAAGCAGAGCGCCGAGAUCGCCGCCCUGCAGGACACGAUUGGCGAGAUGGAGAGUGAGCUGAGAGCCACCAAGUCUGAAAUGGCACGCUACCUGAGAGAGUACCAGGACCUCCUCAACGUCAAGAUGGCCUUGGACAUCGAGAUCGCUGCUUACAGGAAGCUGCUGGAGGGGGAGGAGACUCGCCUCAGUGUGGGCAUGGCAGGGGGCGUGUCCAGCGUCUACUCUCACAGCAUGUCAGUGGCCCCCUCCUUCAGCCGCUCCACUUUCACCGGCCUGGGCUCUGGCACCCCCUACCUGCUGAGCUCCAGACUGCUCAGCUCCUCCUUCUCCACUGAAGAGGUCAUCUCGGCCAGCCACGCCCAGCAGGCUGAGGCCAGCCCCGCCCAGGAGGAGGAGGAGAAAGAGGAAGAGGAGGAGAAAGAGGAAGAGGAGGCACAGGAAGGGGAGGAAGGAGGUGAUGAAGAAGGAGAGGAAGGAGAAAAGGAGGUUGAGGCAGAGGAAGAGGGGGAUAAAAAAGGAGAAGAGGAGGCAGAGGGAGAGAAAGAAGGAGAAGGGGAGGAAGAGGGAGAGAAAGAAGGAGAAGUGGAGGUGGCGGAAGAGGGAGAUAAAGAAGGAGAAGCACAGGAUGAGGGAAAAGAGGAAGGAGAGGAAGAAGAGGGCGCUAAAGAUGAGGGAGGAGAAGAGGCAGCUGAAGAAGUGGGGGAGGAAGAAGCAGGAGAGGAGGAGAAAGUGAAGAAGGGAGAAGUAGAAGAGGAGGAAGGAAAGGGGGAAGAGGAGAAAGAGGGGGAAAGCAGUGAGGCAGACACUAAAGGAGGAGAGGAGAAGGGAAAGGAAACAGAGGUGGAGCCACCAAAGGGAAAGCAGGAGGAGGAAAAGAAGAAAGAAGACAAGAAAGAAAAACCAAAGGAGAAGAAGAAGGAAUAGACUGAAAUCUCCCCUGCGUGAGCUCACAGACCAGCAUAGCAUCUCCCCAACAAGGCUAAAUGAGCAAAACAAAAACCAAACGUAACAAACCGUUAUAUAUCAAAACACCUGCAAAAUGUAACCGCUUGCAAAGAUCCUCAACUGCCGCAAAGAUCUAGAGGGGGGAUGUGUGCAUGGCCACAUGGUCUGUGUGCACGUGUGCGUGUGAGAGCGUGAGCGCUUGCACACGAUCGAACUUCACAUCAGUUAGCUGUCGGAGCGGCGAAAAGUUUAUCAUUAUUUUUGCAUAUGUUCAGAAAAGAUUGUGUCUGAAACACAAGCUGUGAUUCCUGCUCAAAGCUCAACGCUGCUCCACUCUUUCAGAUUAAAAUAUAUACAUGCUCACCCAAAA